AUGUCGUGCCAUGGAGAUGAUGAUGAGACAGAUGCUUCGUGCCUGCCGGCGUUCGUCUCCAUGCAUCCUCACCUCACCGGCCGGCGACAGUCGAUGGAGGGCCGGCCGGCCGUAUAUACAGUGGUGAUCCUGUACUUUGUACACAUAACUCCUCUCCCAUGCUCUCCCCCACCACGACCUCGGCCAGAACGCCUCCACCUCCUCCGCCAGCACCACCUCCGCCUCCUCUCCGCGGCCGCCCCCACCGAGUGGGCCGAGGCGCCGCUCGCCUCCGUGCGCCCGGCCACCGCCGACGCCUCGCUCUACCACAUCUCCCUCGACCUCUCCGCGCACCGCGGCCUCCUCGCCUCCCACGCCGCCGCCGGCCAGUUCCUCCCCUUCCGCCUCCCCGCUGCGCCCUACCCCAUCUUCCUCGCCAUCGCGUCCCCGCCCCCCUCGCCCGGGUCCUCCUCUGCCGCCGCCUUCGACUUCCUCGUCAAGCGCGUCCCGGGCACCCCCUCCGCGCGGCUCUGCGAUCUCCGCCCCGGCGACCUCGUCCACGUCGGCGCCAGCGUCGUCGGCCGCGGGUUUGAGGUUAACAGGAUAGCUGACGCCCGUGAUGUCCUCGUCUUCGCCACCGGAUCCGGAAUCAGGUGCCUACCCCUGUGCUUCUAA